AUGCCCUCCUCUCCCGAUCGUCUCGAGCUUUCCAUGAAAGAACCGUCAUCCACUAGUCCUACAGAUUCCCUCGAGCAGCGUCAACAGUUUGGAUUAAAUCGAAGACCUGUUCUAUCUGCGCUCCCCGUUCGCUCAAAUGGGUCGCGAGAUGUAAGCCCGGACCGUCUUCCCUCGGCUGUAAAACAAACAGGCUGUGCCACGCCUCAGACAGAUCGUAUGCGCAUUACCUUGAUUCGUAGGGAUCCAGCUUCAGGGAAUCAGUGGAAUGUGGGGUCCAUCAGCCUGCCCAAUGGAUCAAGCCGUACUGGUGCACUUGUACCAUUCGGGAUUGAAAUCUCAUCCCCUGGAUAUGUCAAGUUUUCUGUGAAUGAAGGAGCAGCAGGGCCCACCUUUUGCAGACAGACAGGACACAUGAUCGUGCCGAAUUCCACACUCGCGACGUCAGGACGAAAACGAAGUAAUUCGGCAGAACUAUUCACCUCGGCGACCACUGCAGCCUCGAGGAAACCUCGCCAGGCGUAUUCAUUUUUGUCCCCUUGGAAAGGUAUAUGUUCCUUCAGCAAUGGCAUCGACGGCAGAAGUCUAAGAUGCCGACACGUCCUUCCUUCAGUGGAUUCUAGUGUGCCUGGAGUGGCAGCAGACAUUGCUGAAGUGCGAUUCAACCUACCAUGGGCCAAGCUUCGAUCAAAGGAUACGAACCCGCAACAGCAUUCACCUCUUGAUUCCGGGUUCCCAUCGACAUCGCCGCUCGAACGACCGACAAUGGCGGUACAUAAAGACCAGUGGAGGCGAAGUUUCCAGAACUUCACCACAAGAGCUCGAGAACAGUUCUCCAAAAAUGACGGCACUGGAAAUGUGGCGGUACGCUCUUCGAGAUUUGAUGUAAAGACUGAUGAAUCAAAUCAAGGAGGCGACCAGGAGCCAGAGAUGAAAUUGGAUCUCGGUCGUGAGAAAGCUGGGGGAGGAUUCAAGGGUCACAGUGCAAAGCUUGGGAAGCUGAUAAUCGAGGACGAAGGGCUGAAGAUGUGUGAUUUGGUGGUUGCAGCAUGCAUGGGUGUUUGGUGGCAGCAUUAUUCUGGAAGUGUGUCAUUUUAG